AUGAGCCUCAGCCUGGACUAUCUUCCCCCCGACGAUGACGGAGACGUGUGUACAGAGAUCAAAGUUAUGAUCUACUUGCGUCCGGAAUCACCCGCGCGUUCAUUGGAUAUGCUCGAGAUCAGGUCCGAGACAUUCGAUCUAUGGGUUCACGACUGGGCCUGGCAGAUCAACAAACUCAUCACACAUACUUCGCACGGCGAGUACACAUACGAAGGCGGCAAAGGCCCGGACCCGUUGCAUCCCCACAAAAUCGAUUCCAGCUCAACAACAGGAGUCAUAUGGGGAUGGUACGGCUGCGAAGGCAAAUUAAAGAUACAUAGCAAAAGCGGGCAGAUCGAUCUGAUGCUGGUACCGCGGUAUACGUUCAUUGGUAAACCGAUGCGACCUGAAGAAAUCGUGGUGUAUACAAACAGCGGAGACAUCAACGUCGCUGCGCUCUGGGAAUAUUGGCCACAGCAGCCUUUUACACAUUACACGGAGAUUCACUCGGCUUACGGCAAUGUAGUCGCCGAGAUACCACAUGGCUCGUACACUACUCUCGCGAGUAUCAAAGGCAACGUAAACGCAUAUCUACGACCAUUUGCUGCCAUGAGUCCGGAUGAUGAAAGCACGAUCAAAACGACUACAUUGUAUGGUAACACAGUUUUCCGUCUGGAUAAUGCAGGCCGAGAGCUCUUGGAUGAGUUGUACGAUCCCCUUCUCAGUACGAAGAGUUCGCACUACGCCGGCACUGGUGAUAUGUACCUGCGGUACCCGUUCAGUUGGUUUGGGAAAAUGGAUGCGACUGUGAAGAAAGGCUCGAUCAAAUUUGGGGGCAGUGCGCUAGAUGAGGUAGAGGAAGGCGUUGUCGACACCCCAGGUUUCAAGAUGGUUCAAACCGAAGCGCCGGGCGUUAUUGGCCCCACAACUUGUACAAUGAUCGAAAUAUCCCAACCAAGCAUUGAAACAUUCGUGAGCGACGUCUUUAGACCCCAAAAGGGCGCGGCCCUCAACCCCACAUUGAUCACCAGAGACAAUGAGUUCAUCUUUUCCGCCAUCGGGGAUUCUUGGGGAAGCGGAGUUCAAUGGGACAACAACACCGCAUACGACGGAAACGAAGACGGAUGCAUGCGCUUCAAGUACGCCUGGUCAACCGUAGUCAACGACAGAUACCAGGACUGGACACCAAACACAGACCAAGAUCCCCAGUUCGAGUUCAGAGCCUGUUCCGGCGCCCAUUUGGGAAAGAACAUCCACCACCAAAUGGACAAGUUGACACGACCGAAGAUGACCAUGCUCGAAGCCGGCGGGAAUAAUGCCGAUUUCUACCCCAUGGCCGACAGCUGCCUCUUCCAUACCGACCCGAGAGUAGACUAUGGGACUCAUUACGAAGACGACGAUGCUGACAAACCGACAGGAUUGUGCAGGAAGGAGAUCAAGCUAGUACGAGGAAGAGUCGGAGACAACCUCAAGAAGGCAGUCAUAGAAACUAUCGAUAUCUGGAGGGCCCACCCUGCUGUCAGCGGUAACGACGCAACACUCUUCAUGCUAGGAUAUGCGCGCUUCUUCGCCCUUGACGACGCGUGCAACGACUGGGAUUUUGGCAGACAGUUCCAAUUCCCAUGGAACGCACAGAAGCUCAAAAAAGAAAUGCGACAGGAGUUUAAUGAUCUGGUCGACGCUGUGAACCUUGCGAUCCGCUCCGCCGUCGAACACUACAACGACCCAAAAAUCCGAUAUAUCGACAUCAACCCCGCCCUGGAAGGCCACCGCUUCUGCGAAAAAGGCCACAGCUUGAGGGUGCAGCUCGACCCUAACAGCACCGAGGUGCAUAUCUUUAACAACCCCAUCCGGCGGAGUAUCACCAUCCACGACGGCGACAGCGUUACCACAUACGAGCCCAGCGACGACCCAGACGCCCCCAGCCCACCCGAGGAUAUCAUUGAGAAGCUAGGCAGAUACCCCGAGGGCGAAUCCGUGCAACAAGAUGAAUACACGAUAACCACCUUCCGCAACCCCGAGGAACCAAACUUGAGCAUGGAGGUGAAGGUUGAGCCGCAGCCUCUAAACGGUGGGAGUGGGAGCGGGAAUUUCAAUGGAUAUAUAGCGCGGACGUUGCAUCCGAAACAGGAUGGACACAAGGAGAUUGGCGAUGUGAUUGUCGGGGCGCUCAAGAAGAAUUAUAGACCUGAUGAGUCGGCUCCUGAGCCGCCGACGAACCCACCGAAGCCGACACAGCCGCCGCAGCCGGAAACUACGGUGCCCGGGUUUAACUGUCCGACCGGGUGUACUUGUAAUUCUGGGGUUCCGCUUUGUUUCUAG